UGGAGUGACAUUACAGUGGAAUAUGCACUAAGGACUACCAGCACAGUGAUUGAUUUGCUAUUCUAUGUGAGGACUGUUACGUCUCUAUUCAGAUUUUUUUGUUACUUAAAUUGUUUUACAAGAUGCCACGCUCAUUCCUUGUCAAGAAACACUUCAGCUCAACCAAGAAGCCGAAUUACAGUGAGCUUGAAGGUCCAACAGUGCUUAUUUCACCAUGCCUCUACAAAAGCCAUCCACUGCCGGUCAUCCCUCAACCGGAGAUUCUCAGUUCGAUGGCAUACAACCCUAUCACAGUAUGGACUACGAGCAGCUUGCCACUUUCUCCUCUCCCAAGUGACCUCUCUCCGGUGUCGGGAUACCCAUCCUCGCUCUCAGACACGUCUUCCAAAGAUCACAGCGGCUCGGAGAGCCCAAGAAGCGACGACGAUGAUCGCAUGCUCACGAAACUGACAGACCCUCACAUGCUGGACGCCGAAAAGUUUCAGUGCAGUCUGUGUAGCAAGUCCUACUCCACUUACUCCGGGUUGAUGAAGCACAAACAACUGCACUGCGACGCUCAAACGAGGAAAUCUUUUAGCUGUAAAUAUUGCGAGAAGGAGUACGUCAGUCUCGGAGCUUUGAAGAUGCACAUCAGAACUCACACACUGCCUUGUGUCUGCAAAAUAUGCGGCAAAGCGUUUUCCAGACCAUGGUUGCUUCAGGGGCAUAUUCGAACACACACAGGCGAGAAACCCUUCUCCUGCCCACACUGUAGCCGGGCCUUCGCCGACAGAUCCAACCUCAGGGCUCACCUCCAGACCCAUUCGGAUGUGAAAAAAUACCAGUGCAAAAACUGUUCCAAAACCUUCUCCAGAAUGUCUCUUCUGCACAAGCAUGAGGAAUCUGGCUGUUGUGUAGCGCACUGAACUGAGACGCAGCCCCACCAAAGCUUUCAAUGCCAGACCUCAGUGUCACCGUCAGACUUACCAAAGGUGUUGUGGAGGCCUUAUUGAACAGUGCAUACACAGUAAAAACUGCAGUGUUAAUGCAACACUAACAGAGUCGAUUUAACACCUUCUAGAGUUUAUUUGGUCCCAAAGCACUCUCUAAGUGUUGAAUUAACACUGCAUUUUUUACUGUGUACAAAUGCCUAUGCUGAUGACAGAUGUUUUUUUUAUGUUGUUGCUUCAGAAUGUCUGCUACAAUUCUGUGUAAAGGAGUUGAGUUGGGACGCUUUUGCAGUGUCAUGUGCCUUUUUCCACAUACUGUAUUUUUUCCAUCUGUACAGUAUUCUUGCUAUGGCAAUCAGUGUUGGGCCUCUGCCUUCAGUAUACUGUAAAUUAAAUCUUGGGAGACAAGGGCAGGGUUUGAAAUGCGAGCCCUGAGAAAUGCUUUAUUCCAAAGCCAAGUUGUUUCGUGGGAUCGAUUUUCUGGUGUGGUCACCAUUGUAUUUAAUUGAGAAAACAUUCUGACAUUCCACGUGGUUUAUGGUUUGACAAACGAAACUGGUGCCUUGUGAGAGAAAAAGCUGCAGCCAUUACUACAUUGGGAAGAAGUGCUACGCGUUCCUAUUGUUUUUAUACAUUGAAAGUAUUUCAUCUGUUGCACCAUUGUGAGACAACAGCAGUUUACCAGCACUCGAUUUGCAAUACUGUUUUGAUAAGUGCCUUACAAUGAUUUGAUGUUUCUUAUGUUUUUAUAAGCAUUUUUGCCAUUGUAUUUUAUAAAUAUAUAUUGAAUGUAUGUGUUACAGAAGUGAUUGUAUCUUGGUGUGUGAAUUUCUAAACUGAUUGAAUGAAUGAAUGAAUUUCAGAACUGUUCUUUUUUAUACGUUUUAAGUAAAAUGAAAGAAUGCUGUUGCAAUUGAAUUGGUCCUGCCUUUUUCACUUCGAUUGACAAACUGUUUUACAUUUGCAUGUUUAUGGGACCCCGAUGUGCCAUGUUAAUGAGGGCAUCCUACGGAAUUAGCCUGGCUAAUGAGUCCUAUUCAUCAGUUGCACUGUCUCAUGGGUAGUAGUUCAAUUGGCCCCGUAGUCUGGAGCUGCCUCUGUGUAGUUUGACUGUUUUGUCUGUUGCCACAGAAUUAUGACGACUCACGUUGACUCCCUGCAUUAUUCACAGGCACACCAGAUGGUACAUCCCUUUCUUCGUAAAAUGACAUUUAUAGAAACUGAUGGGUGUUUACUUACACGGAGCAUCUAGUCGUAAACAUUGGAUGAGGGUGUCGGUGUAAUGAUGUCAACUUUGCUGGAGAGUUUGGAUAAUGCUGCCUGUUGCCUAAGUAGGCUGGUCUUUGUGAGGUGGAGAACGAGACAGCGUUCUGCUGAGCAGACCCUAGCAUAGCCAAAAGUUGUUCCUCUAUUUUGAGCGUGGCAAAUAUCGCUCAACACACACAGGUUCAAUCUAUUCAUGGAAUUAGGAGAUUUGGAAAGAGGGCCUGAGCACAGCACAGCACAGCACAGCACAGCACACUCAGUCUGUGAACCUGCUCCCUGUGAACCUGUUCAGAUCCCAAACAAACCUGAAAUGUCACACGUGCUGGCGAGAUUGGUCUCACUCCCAUGUCAGUUUCUUUGAA